AUGGUGAUGUCGGUCAGAAUGGCUUCUCGUCUUCCUCUGAUCUUUCUGCUUCUUCACAGUGCGUCUAGUGCUGAUUGGGGUGUGAGUUACAGUCAUUCACACAUCUGUGCACUAAAGAACUCAUCAGUGAUAAUGAGCUGCACUUAUACAUACCCUACUGGACAUCAGGUCAAGAAAGUGUUCUGGACCAAAGGACCUAAAAUAAAGGGUGACGAGUCUCCAGAUCUAUCUAAUGACACUGAAUACAGUCAGAGGCUUCAGUAUCUGGGAGAUAAACAGCAGAACUGCACCAUCAGACUGAGUCAUGUGACACAGAAAGAUGCACACGUGUACUAUUUCAGAUUCAUCACUGAUAAACCUGAUGGAAAAUGGACUGGUCAUCCAGGAGUAACUCUUGCUGUCACAGAUCUUCAGGUGGAGUCUCCUGAGAGAGUGACAGAGGGAGAUUCAGUCCGUCUGACAUGUAAAAGCAGCUGCGCUCUGACUGACGGAGCAACAUUCAUCUGGUACAGAAACUCACAGCCAUUAACUGAGAGAAGAGACAGAAACAAUCAACUCCUGCUGCAGUCAGUCAGAAGAGAGGAUGCAGGCAGAUAUAGCUGUGCUCUACAUGGACACACUUACAUCUCUCCUGCUGUUCAUCUGAACGUCACGUACCCUCCCAAGAACGUCUCAGUGUUCAUAAAUGGAUCUGGUGAAAUAGUGGAGGGAGAUUCAGUGACUCUGAUCUGCAGCAGUGAUUCAAACCCACCUGCUCUGAACUUCAGCUGGUUUAAGGAGAAUCAAAGCUCAGCUGUUGGAUCUGGACAGAGUUUCAGUGCUCUACAGAGUGGACGCUUCUACUGUGAGGCUCACAAUCAACAUGGAUCUCAGAGAUCAGACGCUGUUACUGUCACAGUUCAUCUUGGUGUUGGUACGAAUGUGUUUGUGAUCACAGCAGCAUCUGGAGGAGUAUUCAUCAUCAUCAUCAUCAUCAUAUGGUUUAUAAUGAGAAAACAACAUGAUGUUAAAACUGAAGAUUUCACAGUCAAACAGAAUGAUCUCUAUUCUGACGUGUCACAGAGAGUUUCAGAGCCUCUUUCUGAACCUGAUACAGCCAGUGAUGCUCUGUAUGCCAAUGUGAAACCCAGCAGAGGAACAACUCCUGAAUCCAGAGAUACUGAGGAGAUGCAGAGCACAACUGUCCAACAUCACCGAAAGAAAGAGACAAACAGACUAGAAGACAAUGAAUGUCAGUAUGACGAUAUAAGAGUUCAUCAGCCUGAUGCUGCCGUGAGGCAAUCAAAUGUAGAAACUGUGGAAGAGCUUUCAGUGAUCUACAGCAGCACCAAAUGAGAGACAGAGUAUAUUAUGUUCUAUUGUGUAUUAAUGCAUGUUUUAUAAAGAGUUUCCACUUCAUGUUUUGGUUUGUGUGCUCUUACACCUAUGCCCAGUCAACACGUGAGAUCACGCGAUGAUCACAGUGAUAUCACACCAU